ACAGACCGGGUCCCUUUAAAUCGUGCGUGGAGUGGAGCAGGAGGCAGUUCCCCUGCUGGACCUGAGCGCAGUCACUCUCUACAGAUAUCUGCGGCUCGUUCUCGUCGCUUUAGUGAAAUGCUGCAGCUGAAUGACAGCGAAGACCCGGAGAGCCCGGACUGUGAUGAUGGGCUGGAUUUGGCCCGAUCUGGAGCCUCGGUGGCCUGCUGCACCCCGCUACAGACCCUCACGCCUUUUAAAGUCCACAACCCAACCAUGCGAGCCAAAGUCAAGGAUUAUUUCGUCUUUAGGCCAGGAACGAUAGAGCAGGCGGUCAAUGAUAUCCGCACGGUUGCCUUGCCUUCAGAAGACGGAGAGGUUCUGAGCGUGUGGCUGCUAACAGAAAUUGAUCACUGGAACAAUGAAAAAGAGAGACUGGUUCUCAUAACUGAGAGGUCUCUGCUGGUGUGCAAAUAUGACUUCAUAAACCUCCAGUGUCAGCAGGUCGUCAGAGUUUCCCUGAACGCUGUGGACACCAUCUCAGUCGGCGAGUUCGAGUUCCCCCCGAAGUCCCUCAACAAGAGAGAGGGAACCGGUAUCCGUGUCCAGUGGGAUAAGAGACCAAGACCUUCGUUCAUGAAUCGCUGGAACCCGUGGUCCACUGACGUACCCUACGCCACCUUCACGGGACACCCCAUGGCGCACGCCGAUGAGAAGGUGGCCUCGCUCUGCCAGCUUGAGAAUUUCAAGACGCAGCUCAUCCAGGCUGUGAAAAAAGCCCAUAAAGACUUCCCCAUCCCAGGACGAGCCAAUGGUGUGCUGAUACUGGAGCGGCCGCUCCUGAUCGAGACUUACCUGGGCAUCAUGUCCCUCAUCAACAAUGAAGCCAAACUGGGCUACGCCAUGACAAGGGGAAAAAUCGGCUUUUAACUCCUGCAUUCUCCCUCCAUCUCUCUCAUCCUCCAGUCAAGUGCUGUUUUUGAGUGAUAGCGCUACACUUGAGUGUGUGUCCAGUACAUACUACGUGUUUUGUUGUGUGGAUAGUGUGUGAAAUGGGCCAGUGUUCACUGUAACAGGAUGUGCCUGAAUGAAGCCAAACCUCUUCCUCCAUUCACAUGUAGUAAAACAAAAAGCUUUUCUAAUGUGGUUGAAUGGUUUGAAGAAGCAGUUUGUUUGUGUUACUGGCAUGCUUUAUUGACCAUUGAAUAUUUUUAACAAAUAUU